AUGGCGUCGGUGCGUGAAGAAGAACCUAACCUGGCGCUAGCGUGCGUUACGGACCGUGAGCGGGACCGCGGUGGAGGCUGUGGGACAAACGCUGGUGGCGGUGCGACGGGUGCCAAGUGUGGGGCCGUGCGAAGCCAAAGCUCGGUUGAGAACUCCGGGCCAGGGGGUGUGAUUCGAUUAUCCUCCGGCAGGCGAAGAUGCAAAAGAAAAGAUCGUGAGCCGGUGCGGCCGACUGCGUGCGAUUCGGACAGUCGGGCCGGAAAAGCCCUCCGAUCGUAUCGCAAGGAGGUGGCCGAGCAGGAUCCAUGUCAAAGCCCCGGUAAUCACAUUAAAAGCCCUAAUCACUCGAACAAUAACGACGCCGGACUGACUGAACGCAACAACAACCUCGGUCUCGAUCCGCACGGUACGGAGGGAUUAAAUCUGGACAAUACACACAGCAACUGCCAUCACCAGCUGCCGGGCGGGCGGGAGGCUUGUCCCGGGACGCCCGGGACACCGACCUUUGGUCUGCCAAAGAUGCUGUGCACCGCCACGGUGGCCACGGUAAGGUUGCCCAAGCUGAUACUACUCGUUCUGCUGGUGGCCUACCUCGGGUGCUCGAGCUGUUCCGGGUUCGUGCUCGACGGUUCGCAGAACAGCUUUGCCCAGUUCCGCAAAUGGUACACCGGGCUGAACGGAUCGCUUGAGCUGGAGUUUAAGACGGAACAACCGAACGGACUGGUCCUGUACACGGACGACGGUGGCACGUUCGAUUUCUUCGAGCUGAAGCUGGUCGAGGGUGCCCUCCGUUUGCGAUACAAUCUCGGUGGCGGCGCACAAAUCAUUACCGUCGGCCGGGACUUGCACGAUGGCCACUGGCACAAAGUUCAGGUGUUGCGGAACGAUGAACACACAACGCUCACCGUGGACGGUGUCUCGCAGAGUCGCAGCUCCCGAGGGAAGGAGUUCCUGUUUGGCAAGUUUGCCACCAACUCGGACGUCUUCGUCGGCGGUAUGCCGAACUGGUACAACACCAAGCUGGCCCUGUUGGCGCUCCCGAGUGUCAUCUUCGAGCCGCGGUUCCGCGGCUCCGUCCGGAACCUGGUGUAUUCCGAUCAGCCGGGCGUUUCACCGCGGCGGCAGGAGAUGCGUCAACCGCGGGACAUCAAGUGCGGCGAUUCACCGUGCGACUUGACGGCGAUGCCACGCGAAAAGGUAACUCGGCACGAACGCAACCCGGCAGUGCUGCCAUCGCUGCCGCCACUGCCACGGCCACCGGCCAGCGACGCACAAAUCAGCAUCCGUCCGUCCCAGGUCCAGUCUGGCCGCCGCCAGGUCGGGAAGCGGAGCGCACAAUAUGGCGGCAUCUAUCCGCCCAACUACGACCUGGCACACCAGUGCCUUCGAACACUGCCGUCCGAUAAGCAACUACGAAGCAACGUCACGGAUGCGUGCGAACGCCACGACCCCUGCCAGCACGGUGGCAUCUGCAUAUCAACCGAUUCCGGGCCGAUCUGCGAGUGCCGGAACCUGGAGUACGAGGGAACGUACUGCGAGCGCGAUAAGGCACCAUCGGAGGCAACGUUCCGUGGGACGGAGUUCCUUUCGUACGACCUUGGACAGACGGGUGGUGAACCGAUCGUUAGUGCCCAGGAUGCCAUCACGUUGUACUUUCGCACACGACAGCCCAACGGACUGCUCUUCUACACCGGCCACGGAACUGACUACCUGAACCUGGCGCUCCGCGAUGGCGGUGUGUCGCUGACGAUGGGCCUUUCAAACGGGAAGCAGGAGAUGCACAUCAAGCCCUCCCGCGUGCGCUUCGACGACCACCAGUGGCACAAGGUUACGGUUCACCGACGAAUCCAGGAGAUCUCAUCGAUAACGAGCUUCUGUCGGCUAGUGGCCGUUGUGGACGAUGUGUACACCGACCAUUCGCACAUUGCCGGCAAGUUCACGAUGCUGUCGUCAUCGCGGGUCUACGUGGGGGGUGCCGUGAACCCGCGGGCCCUUCUGGGGGCCCGCGUGCACAACAACUUUGUCGGAUGCCUCCGGAAGGUUGAAUUUUCGGCCGAUACCCUGCGCCUGAAUCUGAUCGACCUGGCGCGGACCGGCUCGAAGCUGAUACAGGUGGCCGGGCGCGUCGAUUACACGUGCCCCUCCGGUGACCCGCAGGACCCCGUGACGUUCACCACCCGAGAAUCCUACCUGCUACUUCCACCGUGGGACGCGUCGAAGCAGGGCAUCCUGUCGUUCAAGUUCCGCACAAACGAACCGAACGGAUUGAUCAUCCUCAACACAAUGACGCGCGCUCCAAAGAGUAACUUCUUCGCGGUGGAACUGCUGAACGGGCACAUCUACAUCCACAUGGACCUGGGCACGGGCGCGGUGAAGGUGCGAGCCUCGAGACGUCGCGUGGACGACGGCGUUUGGCACGAGCUGUCGGUGCGCCGGAGUGGCCGCGAGGGCAAGGUCGGAGUCGACGGCCAGUGGAACGACUUCCGGACGCCGGGCGAAGCGUCCCAGAUGCAGCUCGACAGCCCAAUGUACAUCGGCGGCAUUGGGCCACCGUACGCCGAAAUCUACAUCCCGCCGGCCAUUUGGACCGCGACGCUACGCCAAGGGUUCGUCGGGUGUCUGCGCGACCUCACGCUGUCGGGCAAACCGGUCGACAUCGCCCACAUUGCCCGCCAGCAAGACUCCGGAGCCAUCAAGCCCUCGUGCCACGUCAUAGCGAACCAGUGCGGUGGCCAGGUGUCACCGUGCCAGAACGGCGGACAGUGCACCGAAGGAUGGAACCGACCGCUAUGCGACUGCUCGGCAACGCUGUUCACCGGCCCGACGUGUGGCCGCGAAUCGGCCACGCUGGCGUUCAACGGCUCACAGCACAUGGCCAUCUGGAUCGGGGGCAACCUGGGGAGCCGGACGCAGACGGAGGAGCUGGUCAUCCGCUUCAAGACAUCGCGACCCGCCGGAUUGCUGCUGCUCACCAGCGCCGAGUCCAGCUCUUCCGACCGACUCGAGAUCGGACUGGUGGCGGGCCGUGUCCGUGCCAACGUGCGGCUCGGCGAUCGGGAAAAGAACCUACUGGCCGGCCAGGGUGUCUUGAACGACAACAACUGGCACACGGUGAGGUUUUCUCGCCGUGCGUCGAAUCUGCGGCUGCAAGUUGACGGGACACAACCCGUCAGGGGUAUGUUAUCCGAAGCCAUCCUGGGACGUCACAGCACGCUCGAAGUGAAGUCGAUCCAUCUGGGCGGGCUGUUCCACGCGGAAGAAGAGAUCCAGAUGACGGCCGCCAUGCCCAACUUUGUCGGCCAGCUGCAGGGAUUCGUCUACAACGGCCACCGGUACAUCGAUCUGGUGAAAACGCUCGGUCCCGAGCUGUCAUCGCUGCCGACGACCACGUUCAAGCUGACGGCCCGGUUCGUCAACUCGCCGCCCGGUUCGCCGUACCUGCCGGCCACGUUUCGCUCGAAGCACUCGUACGUCGGCCUGCCGAUCCUGAAGGCAUACUCGUCCGUGUUCAUCGACUUCCGCUUCAAAACGCUCGAACCGAACGGCCUGCUGUUCUUCAACGGCGGCAAGCGCUCGGACUUCCUGGGGGUGGAGCUCGUGAACGGCCACAUUCACUACGUGUUCGAUCUGGGCGACGGGGCGAUUACGCUGCGCGAUAAGGCGCGCAUCCACAUGAACGACAAUCGGUGGCACUCGGUCAGCAUCCGGCGGCCCGGCCCCAAGACGCACACCCUGGCGGUGGACGAGUCGAUCGAGAUCUAUACCGCGACCGGCAAUAACAUGCACCUGGAGCUGGAAGGAAUCCUCUACGUGGGCGGCGUGUUCAAGGACAUGUACACGCGGCUGCCGGCGAGCAUUGCGUCGCGUUCCGGGUUCGAGGGCUGCAUCGCGUCGGUCGAUCUGGCCGACACGUCGCCCAGCCUGACGGAGGACGCCGUCGUGCCGAGCUCGCUGGUGGUGUCCGGCUGCGAAGGGCCGACCAAGUGCAGCCAGAAUGCAUGCGCUAACCGGGGCGUCUGUGUGCAGCAGUGGAACGCCUAUGCUUGCGAGUGUGACAUGACCUCCUUCACCGGUCCCACCUGUUACGAUGAAUCCAUUUCGUACGAGUUCAGCAACAGCAAGGGCCUCAUACAGUACAACUUUCCGCCGGGUCGCCAGCCGGACACGGAGGAGGACAGCAUAGCGCUCGGCUUCGUUACUACCAAGUCCGAUGCCGUUCUGCUGCGCAUCGAGAGCUCGACCACGCAGGACUACAUCGAGAUGGAGAUCGUCGAGGGCAACGUGUUCACCGUGUACAACGUGGGCACACAAGAUCUGCCCCUCGGUGAGGUGGCCGUGAAGGUGAACGACAAUAACUACCACAUCGUGCGCUUCACCCGAACUGGCGCUAACGCUACGUUGCAGAUCGACGAUUACAACGUCCAGACAGUGACGUCGAUCGGGCACCAGUCGACUGUGUUCACCUCGAUGGCCAACAUCCAGGUCGGUGGUAAGAUCGCGCGCAACGGCCGGUCGCGCAUCGAGCGCCCCUUCAGCGGUGUCAUCGCCGGUCUGUCCGUCAACCGGUUGCGCGUCCUCGACCUGGCCGCGGAGCGCGAUCCGCACAUCAACGUACGGGGCGACGUACAAUUGGUAACUGGCGUUUUAGAUAGAAAUGACCAAAGAAUGCAGCAGAACUCUUCCGAUCCUUUCAAGACACCGGCCAGCGGCUACCCGGGCGUGAUGGACGACCUGAUCUUCAGCGGGGCCGGCUCGGGGUGCCGCGGGGACGACGAGGACGAGUGCACGCCCCCGUUCGAGAACGGUUCCGGCGACGAGCUGAUCACGCCGGUGUACGUCCCGCCGACGAAGCAAACGGCCACGACCGCGUCCGGCGGGCGGGGUCGCGGGAAGCCGGGCGAGAAGCCGGGCUGCGACGACGAAGACUGUCUGCCCGGUUCCGGCAGCGGCGAGGUGACGGAGGUGGUCACCUCUUCGACGGCCAGAAGUUCCGAGACGAGUCCGGACCUGACGUACACCACCGUCGACUUCGACCGGAAGCCCGGUGGCACGACUUCCCUCACGACCCUGGGUCGGACGCCGGAUUCCUACUCGCCGUCGCCGUCCCACACGACCAGCGAAAUGGACACGACGAGCGGGACGAGCGGUGGCACGACGGGGGGCGCUUACGGCACCAGCGUCUACGGUGGGGCCCCCGACGGAAGCUACGGCACCACGGUGUCGAUGGGCACGACCGGUUUCGGACCCAGCACCGGCACCACGGCCGGCGGCCGGCCAACGUUCGGAUCGACGCCGGGCGGCACCACGGUCGGGCUGAGCAGCACGUACGGAUCGACCACGCAGCAGCAGCAGCAGCAGACGCCUCCAUCGACCACGACCGAUCGGUCCCGGAACCAGGAGCAAGGCACCACGUUCGGUGGACAGACGGCGUCAACGGGCGCGGACGACGACGGGGACGAUACGCACGGGGCACACUUUGGUCCCGCGACCGACUACGGCAACGGGGGCGAUGGUGAGGAACCAUCCAGGACGACCGUCCAGCAGACGUACCCCGGGCUGCGGCCCAAUCAUCCGCCCACGCGAGCCCCCGAGGUACCACCGAACCCGGAACCGGAGCCCCCGUAUCCUCCGCACCCGCAACCGCCGUACCCGCCGCCGACGCGCCUCCCGAAGCACAAGGGCGGCCGGAUCAACUCGGAGGCCGAGGAGCGCACGGCCAUGAUCAUCGGCAUCGUGGCCGGGGCCCUGAUCGCCGUCAUCCUCGUCAUCCUGCUCGUCCUGUGGAUCAAGUCGAACGGGGACCGCUCGUACAAGACGGAGCACGACAAGAGCGGCCUGUACGGGCAGGGGCCGAGCGCGGCGCUGCUCGGAGGAUCCCACGGGAACUCGGGCAGCGGGCACCACUACAACCAGCAGUCGCAGGCGGCCCAGCCCCCAGCGCACCACCAGCAAGGGCCCCAGCAUCAGCACCACCAGCAGCAACACCACCAGCCGUCGGCGCCGCCCCACUACAACGUGCACCACUCGAACGGGGGCAGCACGCUGCCCCUGAACGGUUCCCUACGCCAUCACGGCCACCCGGGCAACGGGAUGGGCAGCGGGGGCAGCAUGAGCAUGGGCUACGGCGGGCUGAACGGUAGCGGUAGCGACAAGGGCAGCAUGCAGUCUAGUGGUGGUGGCGGAGGCGCCGGUGGCGGUGGCGGCGGCGGCGGCGGCGGUGGUGGUUCCGGCGGAAUGUCACAGCCGCAGCGCCAGAAGAGCCGCAACUCGAAGGACAUCAAGGAGUGGUACGUCUAA